AUGGGCGCCGACUUAUCUACUCUAUUAGCCACCGGCGGUGCCCUCGACGGCGGCGACAUCCUCUCACAAACAAUGAGUAUUGGUGGGCCAGACAGCCGUGUCGGCCUCCUGAAUGGGGCUCUGAACGGUAUCUUCGGCACGCCCUCGGGGAUUUCAGGCCACGGCAAAUUCAACGAGGGAGACGCCUCCGCCACACGCAACGACUUCUACCUAGACGGCGACAACAUCUCGUUCCAGCCCGAGCUCUUCAAGCAGCUGCACCAGCAGGCCCUCGCAAGGGGCAACGGUACCUACAGCGUGGCCGCCAUCAAAGAGCACUUCAAGAACCGCUACGCCGCGUCCAGGGCCGCCAACAGCCAGUUCUACUUCAACGUCCCCAGCGCCGCCGUCGUCAUGGGCGCCUACUACUUCAUCCCGGGCUUCUUCUCCAACGGGACCAUCGGCGCCGGCGGCGUCGCCAACGAGGCGUCCGUCACCUCCUUCUACGGCGCCAAGCCCAGCCGCGAGGGCGCGUGGGACGACCCGGCGCUCACGUACACGCACGUCCCCGAGAGAAUCCCCGAGGUCGGGUGGUACCGCCGCGCGACGCCGAUGACCGUCGUCGAGGCCGUGGGCGGCAUCCUCGACGUCUACCUGUACGCGCUUCCGGCCCUGGGCGGCUCCGGCGCGGACCAGAGCUGGGUCGUGGGCCCGCUUGACCUGCCCAACAACGUCCAGGGGCUCUCGUGCUUUCUGUACAAUGCUGUCUUCGCGAACUUCCCUUCCGAGCUGUAUAAUUCGGUCGUGUUGCUCGAGACAGUCGUGAAUGCUUUGUCGGGGUUGAUUGCGCCUGGCUAUAAGGCUCUGGGUUGUGAUGUUAAUUUCCCGGAUGCUGCUGGUAGCGACGCUACGAAGCAGUGGCAGGACUAUGUCACUAGAUACGUGGGACCUGCAAAGACCCAGGCAACGGGGAGUGGAUGGUACAAGGCAGCGUAA